GUUUUUUAUGAACCUCAAAUCUGAAUAAAAAAAAAUUGGAUUCUGCUUUAAUAGCUUUUUAUAUAAAUACAUAAUAUAAAAUAGGCUUUUUAAAAUGGUUUUACAAGUAACAACAGCCAACAACGUCAAAGUAUAUACAGUCUCAGGAGGCGUUGGGUCAAGAUCAAUUCCUGAUUGGCUUGCACGAAAGAAGAAGAAGGCCUUGAAGAAAGAUUUUGAAUAUCGUACAAGAGUUGAACUCAUUCAAGACUUUGAAUUUCCGGAAGCCUCUAAUCGUGUAAAAACAACUCGAGAUGGAAAAUAUAUUGUUGCUACAGGUACAUACAAACCUCAAAUGAGAGUUUUCGAAUAUUCUGAAAUGUCAAUGAAGUUUGAGCGCCAUACUGAUGCUGAAACAAUCAAUUUUGAGAUCUUAUCUGAUGAUUGGACCAAAGUAGCACUUUUACAAAAUGAUCGAUCCGUUGAACUUCAUGCACAAGGUGGAAUUCAUUAUCGUACACGUAUUCCCAAAUUCGGCCGUGAUCUUGCAUAUCAUUUUCCUUCAUGCGAUCUCUUAUUGACUGCAUCAGGUUCUGAAGUGUAUCGUCUUAAUCUUGAGCAAGGACGAUUUUUAAAUUCGAUUCAAACUGAUGCCGAGGAUGGUGUUAAUUGUAUUGAAAUUAAUCCUGCUCACCAGUUAUUUGGUAUGGGAACAACAAGUGGUACAGUCGAAUUAUGGGAUCCUCGAUCUAAAUCAAGGGUGGGUGUCUUGUCAAAUCUGGAGGUUCCUGCAUCUUAUGGAAGAGACGAAAGCGCACCUUUAGAAGUAUCAGCACUUAGUUUUCGUUCAGAUGGUUUAACAAUGGGUGUUGGUACAAACACCGGCCACACAUUAUUAUAUGAUUUACGUUCAUCUGUACCUACGAUUGUUAAAGAUCACCAAUAUGGAUUCCCUAUUAAAUCUAUAAAUUUCCAUAAGGGUAAUGCUAAUGAUUCAGAGACAGGUGGUGAUAAAGUGAUUGUAUCUGACAAUAAGAUUAUAAAGAUUUGGGAUCGUAAUACGGGAAAACAUUUCACUUCUAUUGAACCUGAAACAGAUAUUAAUGAUAUGACAGUAGUCGAAGAUAGUGGUUUGAUCUUUACAGCCAAUGAAGGUAUUCAGAUGGGCGCUUAUUUCAUUCCCCAGUUAGGGCCCGCUCCACGAUGGGCUUCCUUCCUCGAAAAUCUUACUGAAGAAAUGGAGGAAGCUCCUAACAGAGACAUUUACGAUGAAUAUAAGUUUAUUACUCGUAAAGAGUUAACAGCAUUGGGUUUGGAGCAUCUUUUGGGUACCAACGUUAUCAAAGCUUAUAUGCAUGGUUUCUUUGUCGAUUUGCGUUUGUAUGAAAAGGCAAGAUUGAUCGCUAAUCCCUUUGCCUAUGAUGAAUAUCGUGAACGUGCAGUUAAAGAGAAGAUUGAAAAGGAACGUGGCUCUCGUAUUCGUGCUGUUAAACAACUACCUAGUGUGAAUAAGGAUCUUGCUAAGCAAUUGAUGAAUAGCAACAAGAAAGACGGUAGUCUUCUUGAUGAUAGUCGUUUCGCUGACUUGUUUGCUGAUCCUGAAUUCCAAGUGGAUGAAAAUUCAAAGGAAUAUCAAUUAUUGCAUCCUACAGUAUCUAAAAAGAAAGUGAAUGAUUCUGAUGAAGAAGAAGAAGAAGAAGUUGAACAAGAAGAGCAACAAGAAGAUACGAUGGAAAUGGAUGAAAGCGAUGACGAAAGCGAUAAUGAAAGUGAAGAUGAUAUUGUUUCCAAGAUACGUAAAGAAAGAGGUUUACAAGUUCGAGACAAAAGACAAGCAACAACAUCCAUUCGUUCAGGUAAACGUCGUGUGCCCGAAAUGCGUAUAGGUUCAACAGUAGGUGGUAGAAUGACAAGCAAAAAUGAAAGUAAAAAAUCAUUUGGAUCUAGAUUACAAUCAGAACAGAGACACCGUAAGAGUGAUGGACAUAAAGUGUCACGUACUGCAUUGGGUGGUAUGGAAAUGUCAUUUACACCUAAUUCUGUAAAGAAGAGAAAAAAUCGCAAAUAGAAAGUAAAGAAUACCAAAAAAAAAAAAAAAAAAAAAA